UAGAUAUGUGUUUCAGCGUUUAAAUAUGUAUUUAAAUAUAUAGAUUUGUAUUAUGGGUUGUAUGCGUUACUUAAAUUGUGGCCAUCUUGUGGACGCUUUCCUGUAUUACAUCUAGCUUCGAUUAGUUAAUUCCGGCCAUUUUGUGCUCAGUCAAGCAAAUGCAGUGCUGCGAGCAGUCAAUGCAGUGUAGCCUCCAUCAGCGCAGUGUUGUUCAUACGAUUUAGCCUUGGAGUAGAUAUGUCUGUUUGUCACCGUUCUGUAAGCCUACUAAGAAAAGGACACCCGAAACACCCGAAAAGCUGGCGCAAGAACACUUCAGAGUCUCCCCGGUGUUUUAUACACACCUGUUAAAAGAACUACCAUGGAGAAUUCGACUGAAAUGCUGUUUGUUCUACAAGGACUAAAUGACACGAAGUCAAGCAAAAAAACAUACUUUGUCGUCACUCUUCUCGUUUACAUUUUUACUACUUUAGUAAACCUGACUUUGAUUUCGAUAAUUGGUUUAGAUAGAAAGCUCCAUGACCCCAUGUUUAUAUUUCUGUGCAACAUGUGUGUAAAUGGGAUAUUUGGUGUCUCUACAUUUUAUCCUAAAAUAUUGGUGGACCUUUCAUCUGACGUGAGUGUUACGCCGUAUAAAGCUUGUCUCGCUCAAAUGCUUGUAAUAUACAGUUACAUCUUCUGUGAGUUCACUACAUUAGCAGUGAUGGCUUUUGACCGGUAUGUCGCGAUAUGCAAGCCGCUCAAGUACCACUCCAUCAUAACGCCUCGGAAGGUGGCGAAUUUUUUGUGUUUUACCUGGCUGUUUUCUAUCAGUGAAUCAGCUAUUGGGAUGGGCCUGAUAGCCAGACUACCCCUCUGUGGAUUUAACAUCGACAAGAUUUACUGCACAUCCUGGGCAGUGGUAAAGCUAUCAUGUGUGGAUACCACUAUCAACAACAUAUACGGGUACAUUCUCACGAUAAUACACAGUUUAGAAGCAGGGGUGAUCUUUGUUUCCUAUGUUAAUAUCAUCAAAGCAUCUGCGCGAUCGCCAGAAGAACGCAGUAAAUUCAUGCAGACCUGUUUGCCCCAUUUAAUCUCUUUGGGCAACUUCACAGUCGCAAUCGUUUUUGACGUCAUGUACGCUCGCUAUGGUUCCAACACCAGCCUGCAUACUCUCCGCAGUUUCAUGUCCGUGGAGUACCUCGUUGUUCCACCGCUGUUAAAUCCCCUCAUAUAUGGCCUCAAACUGAACCAGAUCCGCCGGAGAAUAUUUAGAGUUUGCAAUCGGAAAACCAGUACUCUGAAGUGAAUGUCGUUUUUAGCCGGAAAAGACUGCUUUUUAUAUGUUUUGGCUAUGCGUAGAAUUUUGUAUUUUGUGCUAUUUUUGUUUUAUCAAUGUCUCAUUUUCAAGGGGCCUGUACCCUAUUAUACUGCAUUUGCCUACGCAAGGUUUGGCGUGGGAUUAUUUCAAAACGCUGCAGUAAUAUUUUUCCCAUAUUAAGUCAUUAAGUAUUUAUUGAUUUUUAUCGAUUUAAUCACCUGGAAUUGAAAUAUUCUUCUGCAGCCGUUUGGGCAUAUUUUACCGUUGUCAAGCAAAACUGUCGUUGGUAGUUGAACUUGGACCUCUUGUUAUGCAACAAAUAGGAUAUAACAGGCCAAUAGUCAGAUUGUAACUGUUUUAUAUAUCCUCUCAAACACAUUCAUUAUGUUUUUUAUCCGAACAUUCACUUUCAUGUCUUGACUUCCGAGGCGACAAAAUGCAUUCACAUUUCCAAUAUAACUGGCAACAACAGCAGAAAACAUGCACACGCUGUAAACAAUUUGCUGUUUGAUUACUUUCUCAUCGUCAAUUCCAUAUAGGCUAUAUUGCCAUAUCCAUAUAUUCCAUAUUGCGUGAAAAUUUUAAUUAGUAGUGGUACAGCCACCGUUUGCUUUCCUUCAAAGUUACUGCUAACCGAGCAGCGAUGUGUGCCCUCCAGAUGCGAACCAUGCACCAUAAAUUAGUCCAUAGUCUUCCUGGUCUUUUUGUGGAAUUGAAAAAUGGCAGAGUAAAAUUACGGCAGUCUGAAAAAGCUAAAGGGACGAUUACUAGAAUUAACCUGUUAUUUUACCCUGACAAAAAAGUGCGGACGGUGAUUUCCAGUUUGAUUUACUGUAUCACCAAUGUGAAUUACUCAGAACUAAUGCAUACCUCACAUAACUGUAUCAAACGUUUUGAGUCAAUUACAACGGGCUAACAAAGAAAAUCCGGAAGAAACCCCCCCCCCUUCCAAGCAGCCUGACCUGCAUGUUUCUGGAAAACUUCAUAUUAAAAGCACUAUAAUUCUUAUUUGAAGAUAUACAAAAAAAUUAAUUUUGGCUAAAUACAUUUUUAACCGACAUUAGUGAUAAAAUUAACUUCAAUAUUAAAUCUUGGCUUUAAGAAAUUGGUUUUAAUAAGAUUUCAGAUAUAAGCUAAAUAUUAAAUUUGGAAACCAAGACUUAAGGUAAAAAUAUUUUUGUUGCCAAAUAUUUAACUUUUAAAUGCAGAUUCAUGGUUUUAAUUAAGUAUACAAAUUACAUCUUAAGUAGUAGUUUUAGAAAAUGGUUGCUGCUGUUUUGUCCUUUUUCAGGUAGCUCUGCAUUAGUUUGAUUUACACUAAUUAUUAUUAGGCUAUUUUUUUCCAAUUAACACCUUUUUAGGUUGAGUUUCCUUUUUAUACUUUCUUUUCUUUAAUUCCACUUAUUGCUUGUGCUUAAAUAUUGUACACUGGGUAACAUGGACAAAGAAACUGAUCUGUGGAGAACAAGCUGUCUGUAUUCCAGUUUUAAAUGUAAAUAUAGAAAUAUAAUUGGUAAAUGGUUCAUAUAAAUAUUAUACAUACAUGUAAAUGUAAAUAAAUGUUAAAUGUAGAAACGAAAUAUUUUUAAAAUGCUGUCAUUUGUAACACCCCUUAAGUGUAAGGUCAGUUUUUUUAUUGAGGAGGGAAGUCUCAACCACAUAAUCACCGUUAACAGAAGCUGAAUCAGCUGCCUCAAAAUGGUUAGCCCAGGCAAUAUUUUCCAAACAUUUACUUUCUACAUUUACAUUUAAAUUCAGUUUUUACGUUUUACACAUUUCAGAAUGUGCAACAUUUUAUAAACAGCACCCCAUACACACGGGCAUACACAUUUUCUGUAUUGGCUCUUUUUUUUCCUUAUAGAAAUAUUGUUGGUUCUUAUUCGUUGACUUUUUUAUGGAAUUAGAUAUGGUGAUGAAUUUAUUUUCCUUUAUUGAGUGUAGCUGGUUAUUUGUAUAUUUCCAUAUUGGAGCCUUUAAAAUACAUCUUAAGCAAACAUGCACAACAAAGACAAACAAAUAAUGUGUAGUAAACAUGCACAACAGAGGCGGAUCCUUUUCAGGAUUCUGUGUCAUCUGCUGCCCUUAAUUGAGUAGCAAUCAUAAUUAAGUAGCGUUUGCUUCCAUUCAGCCAGCGGAGUAUUGUGUAGUGAGGCCGGGGCACUGAUUGGGUGACUUUGGCAAGUGUAGCCUAUAGGCUACAUCAGACUGUAUGGAACAAAUAUGUACAAUUGAGCAAAACUUUAAAAUAAACAGUUCUGAGAUAGAACUAUACUUAGAUUAAUACUAGAUAUUAUGCACUUUAAAUACUUAAGCAAAUUACUUUGUGUCAUAACUUUGUCGGUUUUUUUUCUGUGCAAAUAUGACUCAAAUUUUUAAGAAGACAAAAUGGCUACUGUAACUGUGGACAUACAUGUGUUAUACAGACCACUGUUCAUGCAAGUUAUACGCACAGUCUAUACUUUUGGGAAAAUGUAACAUUUGUGUUAUCCUUCUAUUUUUUCUUCGUCUCUCUGUUGACUCGAUCUCAUUAAGCAGACUCACUGUGGGACGGCGAUUAAAUCGGCUAAUCCCAAAGGCCAUUUACGCAAUCCAGAUUUAAAGGCUGGUACCAGGGACAGAUCUGCAUGUUGCUUUCUCGUGAAACGAACUAGAUGAAGUCUUUAGCCGUUUGACUUGAACAUCAGCGAAUGAUUUUAUUAUUUUUCGAUAUUCGUGGGUUUUAAUAUUAAUUUGAAGAAUUCUUGCGGAAUUUCAGCUGUCCGAUUUCUUCAAUUUUAUUCGAGUGAUUAACAUUAUGAACAGAUAAUAUCAGAGAUAUAUUCUUUAUGAGUGGGAAGUUCACAAGUCCUGGUACGAACAGGUAGUUUGAAGAUUGCUGACGGUCUACGGUUUUUAUUUAUUUAUUUAUUUAUUUUAUUUUGCGAUCCAGGAGAAAUUUACAUCAGAAAAGCUGGCGCAAGAACACGUCAGAGUCGGCUCGAUGUUUUAGACACACCUGUCGUAAUACUACCAUGGAGAAUUCGACUGAAAUAGUGUUUGUUCUACAAGGACUGAAUGACACGAAGUCAAACAAACGCGCAGUCUUUGUCGUCACCCUUCUCGUUUACCUUUUAACGAUUUUAGUUAACCUGACUUUGAUUGUGACGAUUGUUUUAGAUCGAAUGCUCCAUCAGCCCAUGUUUAUAUUUUUGUGCAACUUAUGUUUGAAUGGGAUAUUUGGUGUCUCUUCAUUUUACCCGAAAAUAUUGGUUAACCUUUCCUCUGACGUCAGUGUUAUUCAGUAUAGAGAUUGUCUCGCUCAAAUGUUUGGAAUAUACAACUACGUCUUCUGCUUAAUCACUACGAUAUCAGUGAUGGCUUAUGACAGGUAUGUCGCCAUAUGCAAGCCGCUGCAUUACCACUCCAUCAUCACGCCUCGGAAGGUGGUGCAAUUGUUGAUUUUUACGUGGCUGUCUUCCAUCACUGAAUCAGUUUUUGUGGUGGGCCUGGUAGCCAGGCUACCCAUCUGCAAACUCGACCUCGAAAAGCUUUACUGCUCAGCAUGGGCAGUGGUAAAGUUGUCAUGUGUGGAUGGCAUUGUAAACAACAUAUCCGGGUCAAUUCUCAUGAUUUUUCACUUUUCAGAAGCAAUCGUGAUAUUUGUUUCUUAUGUUAAUAUCGUCAAAGUAUCUGCGCGGUCGCCUGACGGAUGGAAUAAGUUCAUGGAGACCUGUUUGCCACAUUUAAUCUCAAUGGCCAAUUUCGCAAUCGCACUCAUUUUUGACAUCAUGUUCGCUCGCUAUGGAUCCAACAGCAGCGCGGGGGCACUCAGUAAUUUCAUGUCCCUGGAGUACCUCGUUGUUCCACCUAUCCUAAAUCCCCUCAUCUAUGGACUGAAAAUGAACCAGAUUCGCCGGAGAAUUUUUAGAACUUGCAGCCGGACAACAGAUGCUUUAAAGUGAAUAUCGCUUUAACAUUCCUCUCCACGCUGGAAAAUAUUUUUUCCUGUGAAACAUGUGCUUGAUUGAAUUUUACAUUUGGAGCUGAUGUUUUUCGGUGUUUUAAUUGUUUUUCGCCAAGUCGUAUCGCUUACAACUUUGACUCUUUGGUAAAAUAUUAUAUUUU